AUGGAAGAUCCAAGUUUAUGGCUACAUGUGUGCAUUUCAGCUGUGCUCGUGCUCCUGUGCGGGGCCUUUUCAGGCUUGACGAUCGCCUUGAUGACUCAAGAUGAUAUUUAUCUCCGUGUUAUUGAACUUUCCGCCGAACCCGCCGAUCAACACAACGCCAAAAAGGUCAUUGCGCUUCUGAAACGAGGAAAGCAUUGGAUUCUUGUGGCCCUACUUCUCGGCAACGCUAUAACCAGUGAGGCUCUACCUGUUGUGCUAGACCAAUUCCUCGAUGGCGGGCUAGCAGUACUGGCAAGUACUGCCCUCGUCGUGAUCUUCAGCGACGUCAUUCCACAAUCCGUUUGCGCCCGUCACUCACUCACAGUCGGUGCGUAUAUGGUGCCUUAUGUCUCCAUAUUCAUGAAUGUUGUUGCCCCGAUUGCGUGGCCCAUUGCCAAGUUGCUCGAUGCCCUCGUCGGAGAUCACGAUGCCACCGGGUUUACGAGGCCUGGGCUCAAGGCUUUGUUCUCCCUUCACACAGUAUUGGGAAACCCCGAAGAACGCCUUAAUUCCGACGAAGUGAAGAUUAUUCAUGGUGCUCUGGGGAUAAUCGACAAAUCUGCCACACGCAUCAUGACACCCAUCGAAGACGUCUACUCUCUAUCAGCCGAUACAGUCUUGGACGAAUACACAAUUGACCGGAUCAGGAUUCAAGGAUAUUCCCGGAUUCUUGUGCAUGCCCCCAACAACCGCUUGGAUAUUCUCGGCGUAUUUGUGACAAGGAAACUGGUCAGAUACAACCCCAAGUUAUGCAAACGGGUGUGCGAUUUUGACUGGUCUCCAAUUCCGACCAUACAUUCAAGGACGAACUGUUUGAAUGUUUUGAAGAUCUUUCAAGAAGGUACUCACCACAUGGUUCUGGUCAGUCAGAAGGAGAGGAACCUGGUUCUUGGAAUUAUCACGCGAGAGGACAUUCUUGAAGAGUUGAUAGGAGAAGACAUCCUGGACGAGUUUGACUGCAUGCACGACAGAGCAACUCUAUUAGCGCGUCAACUGAAUCCCCUUCCCACGCCCCCUACACCCACUGAGAAGAUCAUUGAAAAGCCUUCGAUUAUCGCAAUCUCCGCACCAGAGAGCGAAGUGAUCAAUGCCUGGGUUAGAGAAACCUCUUUCUCUCAACAAUAUGGCUCUGUGGAUUACUUCAACUCUGCAGCUCAGUGGAAGUAUAUCCAAAAUUACCUUGCACAAACAAGAAAACGACAGCAAAGCGAGAAUGCUGGAAGGAGGACAUACGGAACACUCUCAUGA